AGGUUUUGUUAGUAGUAGUUUCGUGGUUUCGUGUGGAAAAUUUCCUUUGUUUUCAUGAGUCGAGCGCACAAAGUCUGGACGUUUAUUCAGAAAGCAACCAUCAAAGAAGAAAGUUUAUCACAAGUUUUUUCGUUUUAGAGUUCAACUGGAAGUUUUAUUGUGAAAUUCUCGUGAAAAAGUAUUUUUGUGUUGUUGAAAAAAUUAGAAACUAACAUAAUUUAGGUAACAUUUCUGGCUGAAAAUGAAUAAAUUUGGCUUAUUAGUUGCUGUGACUGCAAUUUGCAGUCUUUCAUCAGUUUUAGCCGAAACAUGUACAAGAGAUGCAAACAGUUUAUUCCGAGGAAUCGACUUUGUUGAUAUGCGUGAUGAAUGCGUCACAGAAACGGAAGAACAGAUUAAGAAAGAAAUUACAGCAUCGCUGAAAUAUCUAUCAAUGGCUGCCUACUUCGCUAAGGACAGUGUCAACCGUCCUGGAUUUGCAAAACUUUUCUUUGACUCAGCAAGUGAAGAACGUGAACAUGCUUACAAGUUGAUUGAAUACUUAAGCAUGAGAGGCCGAUAUCUCCGUCAAAAGGACAAGAACUCAUGGAAAUCAACCAUUCCCAAUUUCGAUAUCAGCUCACUAGUGAAAGAUUCCGAGAAUUUGAAUGUCAUGGGCGUUACACUCAGUGAUCUUACACCAGCUGCUGAUGCUAAGACUACCAGUGGCUUGAUUGCCUUGCAAAAUGCCCUUAAGCUUGAAACAGCUGUCACCAAGAGCAUUCGCAAUCUGGUCGUGAAAUGUGAAGGUGAACCUUUCAACCAUUAUCACUUUGUCGAUUAUUUGACUGCUGAGUUCCUCGAAGAACAAUACAAAGGUCAACGAGAUUUGGCUGGAAAGAUUUCAACCUUAGGAAAGAUGGUUCAAAAUCAAGGCGCUGAGCUUGCCGAUUUCUUGUUCGACAAGCAAUUGCUGUAAAGAAUCUUUAGCUCCAUCAACAAAUUACAAGUCAACAUAAUCCGAUAGUGAAAAUUAUUCUGAAAAUCACAUUGUGAUAGUACGAAAUGUUGCAUGAAAACAAACGUAUUUCCUAGGAAUUUUCUUUAUUUUUUGUUCCCCAAUUUUAGUCAUCUAAGAAUUUUCUUUUUCUUUUCGAGUUUCUCACAUUUGUCAUUAAUUAAAAGAGAAGAGAAAUUAAAUAAAAAGGUAGAGUUUCCAUUACUUUAAUCAUCAGUUCAUUUAUUCAAGAUUUUUAAUAAACUUUAAUAAAGAAAUAUUCGAUUUAAUGAAAUGUAAAUGAGAUUGUAGAAAUUUUCAUCAUCUUUGGCAAUUUUUUUGCGAGAUUAAACUUUGAGUUUGAUUUCUUCUUAUUUAUAAAUUUAAACAGACGCCCUUUUAAAGCUGAUAGAGUUUGUCACAAGAUCAGUUGGAAGAUAACCAUCGAUAAGUAACUGACCGUUUUCAGUGUGACCACUGCUUGUGCCCAUACAAUUGCAACUACACGCUGACACUUGUUCGUCUUGUUCAGUUGUUGUAUUUGCAAUUUUAGUAUUUGUUGGAACGAUAUUUCGUUCACCUUC